AUGGAAUUUUUUGAAAAAUUCGAUGACCCGUGGACGGCAUUUGACUACGAAGAAGAAGCCAAAUUGCUGACUGCGUUCAACAUUACAGCGUACGCGACUACUUUGACAGCAUCAAGCGUAGCUUUGAUCGUGGGUAUGAUAUUGGGCAAGCUUUUAGUGCUAGGCGCCCUAGCGCUGAUCCUUCUGCUCUGCACAGACACUGAUUCUUCGUAUUCUUCAUAUCGACGCUCACGCAGCAGCCAUGAUUUCGGCGAUGGCUUAUUCCCAGAGUCUUCCGUAGAAAUUAUUUCACUUCUUGAGUCCUUGGAAAGAAUAUAUGAGGACGACUCGAGAGUGAAGGGCAACUACAGCAAAGACCGACCGUCUGCUGCCAGAGACAAAAACCGAACAUCUAAUGCCAGAGACAAAAAUCGACCGUCUGCUGCCAGAGACAUAGACCGACCAUCUAAUGCCAGAGACAAAGACCGACCAUCUAAUGCCAGAGAUAAAGACCGACCAUCUAAUGCUAGAGACAAAGACCAACCAUCUAAUGCCAGAGACAUUGACCGACCAUCUAAUGCCAGAGACAAAGACCGACCAUCUAAUGCCAGAGACAAAGACCGACCGUCUAAUGCCAGAGACAAUGACCGACCAUCUAAUGCCAGAGGCCAAGACCGACCAUCUAAUGCCAGAGACAAUGACCAACCAUCUGAUGCCAGAGACAAAGACCGACCAUCUAAUGCCAGAGACAAUGACCAACCAUCUGAUGCCAGAGACAAAGACCGACCAUCUAAUAUCAGAGACAAAGACCGACCAUCUAAUGCCAGAGGCCAAGACCGACCAUCUAAUGCCAGAGGCCAAGACCGACCAUCUAAUGCCAGAGACAAAGACCGACCAUCUGAAGCCACAGACAAGGACCGACCAUCUGAUGCCCGAGACAAAGACCGAUCGCCUGCCGGGAGAGCAAAAAAGUCAGAAAGUGAAGUUGGUGCAGCCGUGCUGUCAUUUCUCGCAGAACACGGACUCCUUGGCAACAAAACACUGCCUUUCAAGGUAGCGUCACAGGCCGUGAAAAGAAAUUCUCUUAAAAUGGAUAAAGUGAAUGAGACUGCACAGAACCAAACUAACGACAUGUCAAUAAGUAAGAUCAAGGCAAAGGGAAAUCGAACGGAAGACUCUUUUACUGAGAUUCCAAAGCAAUUGAAUAGAAUCAAUGCAACAAAAGAAAAGCUCACUGGAAAAGAAGGUAAUGUGGGGUAUGAAAAUUCUUCCUCUUUAAGGAGAAAUAUAUUCUCUUAUGAAGAUGACCGUAGAUCGGAAAAUUUAUCAAAACGAAGUAAAGGUAGUUCAAUGUGGAAUACCCUUCUACGACGCCUAGGUAGUGGGAAUGAUGCAAAUGAAACCAAAGAAAAUUUCACUGUAAAGGCAGAAAGUGUUUCAACCCAUAAACCUAAACGAGUUUUUCACGAUCACCGAUUUUUUCACAAAAGACCGCUAAUUUCUUUGCUUAGAAUUAGUUCUUCUGACACAAAAUUAACUGCAAAACCGGAAUUUGGUCUAAGAAGAAAUAUUGAAAGCUAUCCUUCAAAAAUAGAAAAAUUUCAGGUUGAAACCGACUCUCCAAUUUUCGAAAUAAAAGGCCGUAAUACACACACUAUUUCUGCGCCGUUCAUGGACAUUGCUAUUGGUAACGACGAUGCGGUUGACCACGUACAACGUUCGAGGAGUGGCACGCGGGAAAUUGCAGUGAACAAAAUAGUGCACGAAAACGAACAUUCUUCUGAACCUUUGAACGAAUUGAAGCCAUCGAGAUUUGAUGAGAAUCUGUACACUGAAUACAUUGAUGUUCCUGAACAGCUUUCGUACGACGGCGAAAAAUAUUCUACCGGAAUUACAUCAUUACUAUACGAUAUUUUAACUCAGUCAGAAAGGGAUUUAGGCCUCAAUAUCGGUACCUCGGGUAAAUUUCAAGGUAGCAAAGAUGAAAAACGAAUCGUAAAUUCACAGAAAAAACCAAAUGACCCCAUAAAUGACAAAGGCCCCGUUACUGACAAAGGCCCCACUAUUGACAAAGUACCCUCUACUGACACAGGACCCGCUACUGACGAAGGCCCCGCUACUGACAAAGGCCCCGCUACUGACAAAGGCCCCUCUACUGACGAAGGCCCCUCUACUGACGAAGGUCCCGCUACUGACGAAGACAAAAGCACAUUCGAGAGACAAGCUGCCGACGCUUGCGCUCUGCGGUUGGCGUGUGAAGCCGUUUUGCGUGACCGCAUCAGCGGAGAGAAGUCGGUGAUCUCUCGAGCCCUGACGUUAUUAACUCCAAACGUGAUGCUUGGCAUGUCAGCCGCUGAUUACGCUGCUGCUGACGAGCUUAUCGCUGCAGCUGAGGCUGGCAGACGGCAUCAGGAUUGCCAACUCUACAAACACUUUUGUCCUUACUUCCCCAACUCUAUUUCUUACUUGACAUCCAGAUAUUAA